UCAGAAAUAAACAGCUGAUCUGCUUUCUUGGCAAGUCAGCCUGCAAAGAUGCCACUUCCCCAGGAGCACAUCCCCAUAACUCCUCCUCCUCCUCGCCUCCACCAGCAUGGGGCAAAGAAGAAGCUUCCCUUAAGGGCUUGAUAACUAUUUCUGUGUUGAGCAAUGAUAACUUGCACGCAUCCUGUGCUGAAGAAGUGGCUGCAUUACCCCACAGGAUGAGCUGAUCACAUCCGCUGCUCCUGCUCACCCUCCCAUGGCUCAACACUGGGGAGGAGAGCAACAGCUGAACCUGUUCCUUCACCCCAGCAGAGAAAUCAUCACAAGUUCAAAGCCAGACAUCCCCAUCUGGCCUUGCACACUUCCCCACUCCAAUUCUGCUAUGAUGCCAGGGUCAGACUGCUUCCCAAAAUAAGCCCAAUUAGGGAAGUAGCUGCUGUGUCUCAGCUGACCCUCUGCUGUCCAGCCUGGCACAACCAUCCAUGCCCUCAGCACCACGUGGGUCCUCCCUCUCCAUCCCCUUACCCUGGGAAGUCUGCAGAGCUGUGCUGCUGCUGUAAGGUCCAGUGUCAGAGGUGCCCACAGAGUGGUCUGUGCAGGUAGAGAGCUUGGCUCUCAUCUCCCUUACACUGCACGGCCCAGUGAUGGGGGUCCAGGAGCAGCAGCACGCUGCUGGGUGUGACACUGCUCACACACAUGAUUGUGCCUUGUGUCACUGCUGCCACGCUCUGCCUGGAAGCUUCUCACCUUUCGUUUUCAUUCCAUGCGUCCUAUGGGAUUUUCUUGCACCUCACCCCUCUUUGCAAUGGGAACAUCAAGUUGAAGUGAUGGGGGGAAGGAAAUCUGUGGGUUAAGCUGCAAAGCUCUCCUCUCUGGGCUACAGGGAUGAGCCUGAGCACGGGCAGAAGCAGAGCAGCUGGCACAGCAGCCUGUGGGUUCUGCUUCAGAAGCUUUUGAGCCUUCUGGAUCAGGGCCUAAGAUCACCAGGAACACCUGGAAGCCCUCUGAGAAACAGAAUUGAGCUUAAGCAGAGGGACCUGCAGGUGGGCAGUGAAAUGCCUGCAAGGUGUGGUUAAUGCAGAGAACCCCCCACGCGCUCUAUCACCAAAAAAGGAGGCCCAGGGGAGGGCCUCCCCUGGCCCCAUUCUCUAAAAGGAGGAUGUAGUGGGGUGGGGGUUGGUCUCUUCACCCAGAAAACAGCGACGUGAUGGCAGGUGAUGGCCUCAAGCUGCGGGGAGCAGCGGUGGCUGCCGACCCUACACGGAGAUGGCAGCCAGCAGGGGGACCAUGUGCACCUUCAUCCAUCUGCGCACCAUCAGCAGGGCAGAGAGCAGCUGGGAGCCUGGGCUCACGCAGAUCUUGCCCCCGAAAUACACCGCUCCCCAUUGAGUGCUCCGUUCUUUCCCAGCCUACCAAAAAGUGCACACGCUAUGGAAGUUCCAUCACUCAUCUCCUGCCAGCUGCUGGGCUCGGAGGAAUUCCGUUAUCACACAUGCCUUCCUUAGGGAUGGCGUUUGGGGUGAGCUGCCGGAGCAUUUUACCUCUUCCUACAGCUCCUGGGGGAUAUCCAGGCUUUCUGUGCAGCUUCAGCAUCAUUCACUCUCUUUGCCACUGGAAAAUCAAGAGGGGAGGCACCUUUUCCAACAGCCACACUGCCAUCAUAGCGGGGUUGGUGACUGGACUGCUCUUACACCUGGCUAUUGUCAUUAUCAUUGUUAAAUUAAAAGGCAGGAGGAGCCAUGACCUAUCUGCUCCUGCAGCUCCCAGAGCAGGGGCUGCAGCAGAGUACAUGACAGCGUAUGCUGAGGUCGCUGCUGUCCAGCAGGGCACAGAAAGGUGACCCAAAGAAGUUGCCAACCUCAGGGUUGGAGACCUUCAACACCAUUUAUGCCACCAUCCAAGACAUGGCCCAGUCGCAGAUGAUGAGAAGAUGAGCAGCAGGAUGCUGGGGUGCUGGGAGCAAGAGAAGAGCCCCUGCUUGAUGGUCGUUGAGCUGCAGCCCAUGGCACAGCCCUGCAGUGCCCACAUGCCUGCUGUGGAUCUGCUCCCUGCCACUGGGGAGCCGCCCCAUCACGACGCAGUGCUCACCUGGGACAAGAGAUCUGAUUGCGUGUUGCCAUCUGGGUGAGAUUUGGAAUCCUAUAUUUGUGUUCUGUGGCCACCCUGGGGGACAUGGGCCAAAGCUGUGGCUGCACAUUGCCCUGCUCAUUGCGUUGCCCAUCCCGUUGCUCUUGGGAUGCUCCUGCAGCGAGGAGCCUCAGCAGAGGCUGUGCAGAGGGAUGGGGGGGGGGCUCAGUGAGACUCUUCAGCCACAUUUUUUUUAAUUGCUUUUUAACCUGAAUACUUUACUGCUUUGGUUACUGAACAAAGAAAGUAAAAAUAACACUUGGUAAAAUGUGGUAGAAAACCAAGUGUGAGAACACACACCUCUGCCAUGCACUGAGUUUCCACAGCACCGCUUGCAGCGACCUCACAGCCCCUGCGGUGCCCAUCCCCUGCACCCAGCGCUGCUCCGUGCUGCAGUUCAGCUACGUGUGCUCCUGCAGGAGAUGCUGCAAGGCUGCACUGGGAGGGAGGGGGUUCACUCUCAGGGGAAAAAACGUGACAAGGAAUGUGGCCCGGUGCCAUUCUGCACAACUCCUUUUAUAUACUGGUAUGUGAAGCACCGGAGACUUGUGGUUGCAAGCAGCUCUGAACCACCCUGGGCAGCCCCCAGCCUUGAGGUGCUGCAUGGGGAGCACAGCUGGGGCUGCUCCUUACAGGGGCUGGGCUGCAGGAGGGGGAUGUGUUGCUCUGCAUUGUCCCAGUGCCCCUCGCCAUCCAUUUCCAGACGGACACAUCUUCCCACGUGCUGCUUCCCCCGCUCUUUGUCUUGUCUGCACGGAUACUGAAUUAUUCAGGGAUGGAACCGGAGAUCCUUUGAAGUGCCUGGCACAGGAGAGCCCUCUAGGAGCUGCUGGAAUAGAAAUGCAAGACACAUCUGAGCUCCAUUUCUUUCUGCUGCUUCUUCUUCUUCUUCUUUUUUUUUUUUUGAUGAAAAGCAUCUUAUUGACAAACCCACAGUGCGUUUUCUGCGUUUUCACAGCAUGGUCAUACACGGUUCAUUUUUCUGUUUCUUGAAUUCGUACCCAUCAAUUAAAACCAGAUUUAAUGCUCUGUG